ACGAAACUAGACUGACAUAAUGGGAACCGCGCUCAUCCAAAUCUGUCUGAUACUGGCACCGUUAUGUAUGCACAGCAACCGAGCGACGCCAAUCAGUUUCGAGGAUUGGAUGCGGGACGCGGACAAACUGAGCAUCGCCAGCAGUGCUCCAUACAAACUGCUCAAACGACCAUGGACGCUACCGUAUCCACUAACAUGUUGCUACAACAACCUACCCUGCUGCAAGAAACAACGAGAUGGAUUACUGCAAAAAAGGGAGGACGCUUAUGAGGAAGGCAAACAAAUGGACUAUUACCACACAAAUACGUGGUGAAUCUCGGUGACGCAUGGCCUUGAAAACUGUUCGUUUUCAGUAUGUGUAUAAACAGUAUCGUUAUGUUUUCAAGGGAAAUAAACAAAUAUAGACUAUCAAAGUGAACUGC